UUCAGGCGACAUGAUUUGUAGAGAAGGAUACCGAUCGACGUUCUUUCAAAGAACAAGGUGCUCAGCCCACUGUUGUGUGGUGAGAGAUUGUUUCCUAUUUUGAUGUCACCAUACACUCCAAUACAAGUGUAGCUGUUUUAAUUGAAUGGAUUAAAUCAUUUUACUAUUUCUGCAGUUAGCUGUAGCUAUAGAGAGGUUAUUCACAUGGUAAAGAGAUAGCAUCGCUGUGCUAAAUCCCUUUCAUCGAACGGGUACAGUGCAGUGGCAAGCUAGCUAACUAGUAAGCUUCUACCAUUUUAAGGAUAGUUAAUGAAAGAAUACAGGGAUAAUUCGAUCCCUGGAAAUCCAGCUGCAAGUCUGGAUCACAUCAAGCCAUGUUGGUACUGGGACAAGAAUGACCUGGCUCACACCCCCUCCCAGUCCGAGGGCCUCGACCCGGCCACCGAGGCCCGGUACCGGAGGGAGGGGGCUCGGUUCAUCUUCGACGUGGGCACACGCCUGGGACUACACUAUGACACAUUGGCUACAGGGAUCAUCUACUUCCAUCGCUUCUACAUGUUUCACUCUUUCAAGCAGUUCCCCAGAUAUGUGACUGGGGGUUGCUGUCUAUUCCUGGCAGGUAAAGUGGAAGAGACCCCCAAGAAAUGUAAAGACAUCAUCAAGACCGCUCGCAGCCUGCUGAACGAUAUACAGUUCGCCCAGUUUGGAGAUGACCCAAAGGAGGAGGUGAUGGUGUUGGAGCGGAUCCUACUGCAGACCAUUAAGUUUGACCUGCAGGUGGAGCACCCGUACCAGUUCCUGCUUCGCUACGCCAAGCAGCUCAAAGAUCUGAAGUAUUUCCGAUCUGUUUCAGGUGAUAAGAACAAAGUGCAGAAACUAGUUCAGAUGGCCUGGACCUUUGUGAAUGACAGUCUGUGUACCAUGCUGUCCCUGCAGUGGGAGCCAGAGAUCAUAGCUGUAGCAGUCAUGUACCUGGCCGGCCGGCUGUGUAAGUUUGACAUCCAGGAGUGGAUGUCGAAGCAGUCUUCACGGCGAUGGUGGGAGCAGUUUGUCCAGGAUGUCCCAGUGGAGCUGCUGGAAGACAUAUGCCACCAGAUCCUAGACCUGUACUCCCAGGGCAAGCAGCAGAUGCCCCAGACCUCCAGCGAGAAGACCCCCCCUACCCCCGUCCCCACCCCCCAGCAGCUGCAGACCCUCACCCAGCUCCCCCUCCCCAACCCCCCCGUCCUGCCACCACUCAGCAAGAAGGUCUCUCCCCAGACCAGCCCUCCUCGUCAGCUCAAACGAGUCCACGUAUUGUCUCCUAAAGAAGAAAGCAAGGCACCUGAGCCAGUGGGUCCUAAGAUCCCCAGGCUGGAGCCUCCGAUGCCCCCUCUACCCACAGCACAACCCCCCUCGGACCACAAGCCUCCAGCCUCCCACCCUUCCAUCCCUCUCCCAGGAGAGAGUGACCCAACUGGGGCAGGAGGCCCAACGGAGCCCCCUAAAGGACCUCCACCCCCCCCCCACUCAGCCUCCCUCCACCAGCCUCCCCCGCUGCCCCACCGCCCUGCUCCACCACCCCCAUCCAGCUACAUCAUGGGCAUCCCAACCUCCAGCUCCUACAUGUCAGGAGAGGGCUUCCAGAGCCUCCAGUCUAUGAUGAAGACAGAAGGGCCAUCCUACAGCACCAUCCCCUCAUCGUAUGGCCCUCCCCUGGCCUACCGCAGCCACGUCUACCCCCCUAACGCCCCACCGCCUGGUCCUCCACCCUCCACGUCCUACCCUCCACCCAACCUCCCUCCACCCUCGCCCGCCUACCCCCCGCCGGGGUACAACCACAGCUACCCACCCCCUCCACGUAUGCCCCCGGGACAUGGGGACUACCCGCCUGGGAUGGCCAUCCCUCCUAGCAGCUAUCCCCCACCCCCUGGAGGACAGAGCCAGGUACCCCCUCCAAUGCCCCCUGGCAUGCCCCCCAUCGGUGGCCUGAGUCGGGGAGCUUGGAUGAGGUGAG